AUGCCGCACUUCGCGGCGCCGCGCGUCUCCGGGCGCCGCCAGGGGGAACCAGCAGGGGGCGCCCUGUCCGCUCCUGCCCCGCCGACUGGCCCCGACUCCCUCCGCUACGCGGGCGCGCAGCAGUGCCUGCUGCGGGCGUGUGAGGCUGAGGGUGCGCACCUCAGCUCGGUGCCCUUCGGGGAGCUCGACUUCGGGGAGACUGCCGUGCUCGACGCCUUCUACGACGCAGAUGUUGCUGUGGUGGACAUGAGUGAUGUCUCCAGACAGCCUUCACUCUUCUACCAUCUGGGAGUUCGUGAGAGCUUUGAUAUGGCCAAUAAUGUGAUCCUCUACCACGACACGGAUGCUGACACUGCUCUUUCGCUGAAGGAUAUGGUAAUUCAAAAAAACACGGCAUCGAGUGGGAAUUACUAUUUCAUCCCAUACAUUGUGACGCCUUCUGCUGAUUAUCUUUGCUGUGAGAGUGAUGCCCAGAGACGUGCCUCCGAGUACAUGCAGCCCACAUGGGAUACCAUCCUGGGCCCGCUGUGUGUGCCCCUGGUGGACAGGUUUACUAGCCUCCUCAAGGACAUCCACGUGACCUCAUGUGCUUAUUACAAAGAAACCUUGUUAAAUGAUAUCCGGAGAGCCAGGGAGAAAUACCAGGGUGAUGAACUAGCAAAGGAACUGGCUCGGAUCAAACUCCGCAUGGAUAAUACGGAGGUUCUGACCUCAGACAUCAUCAUCAACUUACUGCUGUCCUACCGUGAUAUCCAGGACUAUGAUGCAAUGGUGAAGCUGGUGGAAACACUGGAAACGCUGCCUACCUGUGAUUUGGCUGACCAGCAUAAUAUUAAAUUCCACUACGCAUUUGCACUAAAUAGGAGAAACGGCGCAGGGGACCGCGCCAAAGCACUGCAGGUCAUGCUCCAGGUGCUGCAGAGCUGCGACCGGCCGGCCCCCGACAUGUUCUGCCUUUGCGGGAGGAUCUACAAGGACAUCUUCUUGGACUCAGACUGCAGAGAUGAUGCCAGCCACAACAGUGCCAUCGAGUGGUACCGCAAAGGGUUUGAACUCCAGCCAUCUCUUUAUUCAGGAAUUAACCUUGCCGUUUUGCUGAUAGUUGCUGGACAACAAUUUGAAACUUCCAUGGAACUAAGGAAAAUAGGUGUCCGGCUAAACAGCUUGUUGGGAAGAAAAGGGAGCUUGGAGAAAAUGAACAAUUAUUGGGAUGUGGGUCAGUUUUUCAACGUCAGCAUGUUGGCCAGCAAUGUGGGGAAGGCUGUCCAGGCAGCAGAGAGGUUGUUCAAGCUGAAGCCUCCAAUCUGGUACCUGCGAUCGUUAGUUCAGAACCUGUUAUUAAUUCAACGCUUCAAGAAACCCAUUACUGAACAUUCUCCCAAACAGGAACGGCUUACUUUCUGGCUAGACAUCAUUUUUGAAGCCACAAAUAAAGUUACAAAUGGACUCCGAUUUCCAGUCCUGGUCAUAGAACCAACCAAAGUCUACCAGCCUUCAUAUGUCUCUAUCAACAGUGAGGCUGAGGAGAGGAUGGUUUCUCUGUGGCACGUCUCACCCACAGAAAUGAAACAGAUCCACGAGUGGAAUUUCACCGCUUCUUCCAUUAGAGGAGUAAGCGUAUCCAAGUUUGAUGAGCGCUGUUGCUUUCUUUAUGUCCAUGAUAAUUCUGAUGACUUUCAGAUAUACUUUUCCACUGAGGACCAGUGUAAUAGGUUUUGCUCUUUGGUCAAAGAGAUGAUAAUGGUGGGGAGUACGGUGGAACUGGAGGGAGAAGUGGAUGGCGACACCUUAGAGUAUGAGUACGACCACGACGCACAGGGUGACCGAGUGGUGCUGGGGAGAGGCACGUAUGGGGUCGUUUACGCCGGCAGAGACCUGAGCAACCAAGUGCGCAUCGCCAUCAAGGAGAUCCCGGAGCGAGACAGCAGGUAUUCUCAGCCGCUACAUGAGGAGAUCGCCUUGCACAAGUACCUCAAGCAUCGCAAUAUUGUUCAGUACCUGGGCUCUGUGUCAGAGCACGGCUACAUCAAGAUAUUCAUGGAGCAGGUGCCUGGAGGAAGCCUGUCUGCUCUUUUGCAAUCCAAAUGGGGGCCGAUGAAGGAGCCCACUAUCAAGUUUUACACCAAGCAGAUCCUGGAAGGCCUUAAGUAUCUCCACGAAAACCAGAUCGUGCACAGAGACAUAAAGGGUGAUAAUGUUCUGGUAAAUACCUAUAGUGGAGUGGUGAAAAUCUCCGAUUUUGGAACUUCUAAACGUCUCGCAGGAGUGAAUCCGUGUACAGAAACUUUUACUGGCACCUUGCAGUACAUGGCACCUGAGAUUAUCGAUCAAGGACCUCGAGGAUAUGGAGCCCCAGCUGAUAUCUGGUCCCUGGGCUGCACCAUCAUCGAGAUGGCCACCAGCAAGCCUCCAUUCUAUGAGCUUGGUGAACCGCAGGCAGCAAUGUUCAAAGUGGGGAUGUUUAAGAUUCACCCUGAGAUUCCCGAAGCCCUUUCAGCUGAAGCCAGGGCCUUCAUUUUAUCCUGUUUUCAGCCUGACCCCUACAAACGUGUUACUGCUGCUGACCUGCUCAAAGAGAGUUUCUUAAGGCAGGUGAACAAGGGCAAGAAGAACAGAAUUGCUUUCAAGCCAUCAGAAGGUGCCCGAGGUGCCACCCUGGCCUUGCCCACAUCGCGGGAGCCCAUGGGCAGCAGCAGCAGCGACCACGGCUCUGUCUCCCCUGACUCAGAUGCCCAGCCCGAUGCAUUUUUUGAGAGAACCCGAUCACCCAAGCACCGGCGCAGUGUUCCAGAUGAGAGCUUGGCCUUGGAGGACAGGGACCCAGGCCUCUUCCUGCUGCGCAAGGACAGUGAGCGCAGGGCCAUCCUGUACAGAAUCCUCUGGGAGGAGCAGAACCAGGUGGCCUCCAAUCUGCAGGACUGCGUGGCCCAGAGUUCUGAAGAGUUGCAGCUCUCAGUUGGCCACAUCAAGCAAAUAAUUGGACUACUGAGGGACUUCAUCCGCUCCCCGGAGCACAGAGUGAUGGCAUCUACAAUAUCAAAGCUGAAAGUGGACCUGGACUUCGACAGCUCAUCCAUCAAUCAGAUUCACCUGGUACUCUUUGGCUUUCAGGAUGCUGUAAAUAAAAUUUUGAGGAACCACUUAAUUAGGCCCCACUGGAUGUUUGCAAUGGACAACAUCAUCCGCCGAGCAGUGCAGGCCGCAGUCACCAUUCUCACCCCAGAACUGCGAGCCCACUUCGAGCCUGCUUUUGAGACUGAGGGGGUAGAUAAGGCCCCAGAAGAGGUGGAAGAUUAUCCCCCAGCAGACCUGCUUGGAAGAGAAGCCCAGGACGCCUCGGAGGUUUUCCAGGAGGCCCAGCAACGCCUAAGCCUUCAACUGGAUAAACUCAGGCAAGAGACCAACAGACUCUUGGAACACCUACUUCUAAAAGAGAAAGAGUACCAGCAUCUUCUACGGCAAACCCUAGAACAGAAAACUCAAGAACUAUAUUAUCUUCAGUUACAAUUCAAGUGUGAUGACACUACGCAGAAUGCAGCAGCUCCCCCUGGGCCUCGCGGGCAGAAAACUGACAAAGAGCUUGUGGAUUGGCUGCAGCUACAAGGAGCAGAUGCAAAUACAAUUGAAAAGAUUGUUGGAGAGGGCUAUACACUUUCUGAUAUUCUUAAUGAUAUCACUAAAGAAGAUCUAAGAUACCUUAAUCUACGUGGUGGCCACCUCUGCAGACUCUGGACUGCCGUCUCCCAGCACAGAAGACGAGCUCAGGGGUCUCCAGGCGCCCAGGAUUAGGCUAAUGGGGCAACUAAGC